AUGCAACAAAUCAAAGAUUCAUGGCAGGAUUUUGGAUAUGAAUCUAAUGAAGAGGAAACACUUUCUCUUUGUGAUCUUGCAAUGAACGGUGAUGAUCAUUCGAAUCAGUUCUGGAACGAUGAUGAAUAUUUGAGGAAUCAGCAAAGCAAUAAUAAUGGUGAUUUGUUCGAGUUCUUCAGUGAUGAUUUUCCCGCUCCUGCUACGAUUUUCCCGGAAAAUAGCAACAACGUAAUCUUUUGUGGGAAAGUUAUGUCGUACAGAGAAGACCAACCCAACGUUGGCAACAAAUCCCAGAGGCUGAAAUGCAAAAUCAAGCAAGAAAACAACGAGAAAAAGAAGGAUUUCGGCUGUUUGUUUCCCUGGAAAAUUUCAUCACGGCGUCCAUUCAACAAGUCGAGGACUUUUCCUUCAUCAAAAUCAACAAAGGAAUCACGGAUCAGGAAGGGUUUUUUCAACAAGUCAUGUUCAAUGCCGGCAUCAGUUUCGAAGAACAAAUUUGGGGUUGAAAAUGAGAGAUCCAACGAUGAAAAGUUCAAUUUUUCGUUGAAAAAAGAAUCAAUGUUGGCAACCCCAGUUAAAUCUAGGUGGUAUUUGUUUGCAUUUGGAGUUGGAAGGUUCCCAAUGGAGAUUGAACUUAAGGAUAUGAAGAUGAGACAGAGUAGAAAAUAUAAGUCAAUGAAGGUUCAAUCACCGGUCAGCAGCCGUGACUGCGGCCGCCGAUCAGAAAGAAGAUCCGGCAAGGGUUUGUGGAGGUUGCUUAAGGUUUUAGGGUGGAAAUAA